UGAGGUGUCAGAACAUUUAGCUAAUCUCAAGAAAUGCUAACCGUGAAUGGGUUUCCGGUAAUUUGCUUCGCUAUCUGUCCGCUGUUCAUUGAAAGGUACAACAAGGAGAGAAGCGAGGAUGGACGACUUCAUAUUGGAACGUGUCCCAUACACGGAACUGCACUUGUUACCCGGAGCUGCUCCUCCUCUGCACCGCUCACUCCGUGACAGAAGCAGGCAGAGAUGUUUUCUGCUGUCCGGUCCUAUCUUCUACCAAUUAUCAAACUGUACCUGCUUGGUUUCAAGGUUCUGUUGGUGCAGCUGUUCAGCAGACCUUUCAGGUUGCCAGUGAUGCCCAGACAAGAUGGCAAGGUUGCCAUAGUGACAGGAGGAGGCAGGGGAAUCGGCUUUGAGGUAGUCCGCCACAUGGCAAGACUGGGGGCACACGUUAUCAUAGGCUAUGCUGUCAGUCAGUGUGCGGGCUGGAGAUUGGUGAAGCAGAGAGGGGAGGGCUGCCCCGCUGGGUACUGUGGUAGGGAUGAGCAGGAGGGUCUGGCAGCCGUCAGAAGGAUCUGUGAAGAGUACAAAGAGGCCAAAGUGGAGUUCACCAAACUGGACCUAGCCUCUCUGCAGUCUGUUCGUCAGUUUGUGCAGAGCUUCACGGAGCGGGACCUGCCGUUAAACAUUCUGGUCAAUAAUGCGGGUGUCAUGCUGGUUCCUGAGGGCCGUACUGAGGAUGGAUUUGAGCAGCACUUUGGCAUAAACUACUUAGGCCACUUCCUGUUAACCUGCCUGCUCCUGGACACACUGAAGGAUUCUGGGAAGUGUGGUCACUUCUCACGUGUGGUCAACGUCUCCUCCUCUGCCCAUCGCAUCGGCAAGAUCAGACUUAACGAUUUAAAUAGCUGCCAGUGUUAUUCAGCCCAUGCUGCUUAUUGUCGCAGUAAGCUGGCCCAGCUGUUAUUUAGUUCCCACCUCCACCAGGAGCUGCAGCGUGGAGGCUUCCCACUGAGUUCAUGUGCUGUGGAUCCUGGCAUGGUGGAUACUGCUCUCUAUCGCCACCUCUGGACGCCCCUCUGCCUGGCACAGAGCGCCAUUGCUCGCCUGCUCUUCAAGACUCCUGCAGAGGGCGCUGCCACUGUUGUGUACGCCGCUCUGUCACCGGCCCUGGAGGGAGAGUGUGGUGGAGGCUACUGGGCCAAUGGGUGUAGGGAGAUGACAACACCACCCACCUUUGACCCCCAGCUGCAGCUGAGCCUAUGGGAAACCAGCGUUCAGUUGCUGGGCCUGCAGUAGCAUGGGACGAAAAGACGACUAACUGGACUACACCUCGAUGAAAGCAUCAGAUAAAGACCCUUAACUCGGGCCAACCAGCCACCUUCUCCUUCUCCCUUUUUAUCUCAGUGUUUUUGUUUUUUUUUUCCCCACUCAUACCUCACAUCGAGGUGUUUGUAGCCAUUUAUGUUGACAAUCUCACAAUCCACCGCUGAACUGUGAUGGUUAUUAAGGGAGUGAAGAGCUCGUAUUUGUGCCAGACCCGCCAAAGAAGGGCUACAGGGCAUGGAUUUUUUUUUUUUUCGCUAUGAGCAAGCAAACACAUACAAACACUAUCGAUAUAUGAUUUUGCUGUCGUAGAGACUGGGCAGCUGCUAACAUUUAGUUAUGAACAGAUAUCAGUCGUCAUCCAUCUCUGAUAUGGUAAAGUUCAUUCCCUGAUCAUAACAAACCUGAUGUCCGGCCAGAGAAAUCAUUCCAUGGUGUCACAUUCAAAAACCCGCAAUGACACCUGCCUCACUCUGCCUUAAUGUCAUUAGUCUUGCUUGCAGUGAAAACGUUCACUGUCCCUCAGUGAGCUAAAUGCUGCUUUAGAGGCUUUUUCAUCCCGACAAUAAAAGUCUCAGCAGACAUUAAGAUGCUUUUUGGACAUAAUAACAUGUCAGUUCAAAAGCUGAGUUUUGGCGUCGUACACUGGCUUCAGGAUGACAUAUCGGUCAAGCCCUAGUACACACACACACACACACACGAACACACACGCAUUCAGGCACCGUAACAAUGACUUGAUUUUUCAAGUCUGAACCCACCUUGCUGUGGCAAGGGAAUGUGAUGUCAUCAGUUGGCUUUUACAAAUCACGAUAUAACAGAUCAUCUCGCAGUACUGCACCUUAUUUUCGGGUUCAUUCUUGUGCUUUUACUGGUCGCUACUGAAUCCUCAUCCUAACUGCUGGUAGGUGUAUAAUAAGCUGUGUUUUAGGUGAAUUCCACUGUUCUUAUGAAGAUGCUGGGAAAACACGAUCAACGUCUCUUUCCUUUCUCUCUUUCCAUGGCUCAGCAAUCCAACAAAAGACGUUCCUUCGGACUGAUCAGGGGAUUUGGGACAAGACACUGAAUAAAAGGGAGAGAUCCCAUGUAAAAGUAGGCCUAAAUUUGGAAUAAUUUCCCCCUAUAGACCUGAGAGUGAUGAGACAGUCGGUUUUGUUGUGGGGAAGAAGACAUUUUGUGAAGUCAGGAUUUCCAGACGUUUGUGUUUGCUUUUUUCUGCUCAGAAACAAAAAGGGAUUGAUGGGGAACCAACACACUGUCCCCAUUUUCCUUUGUGAUCUGUGUUAAUCGGUUUUACUGUGUCUGUGAUACAUGUGUGUGUUUUAAUGAUCAUGAGUUGAGAAUUCACUCAUGCUCUAGACCCCAUUCAUUUCGAUGGAUAGCACAACAAUGGCCACUGGAAAACAAGGGAGAGGGAAAGCACUUUUUUUUUUCUCAGUAUUUAAACUGUGAUUGGUUCCUCAUUGCUGCUGUUGCUGCUUCCUCAUUUGGCGCCACUCCCAGUGCAUUGUGGGAUUGAGAUUUCCCAGUGGUGAGAAUCAAACUCCAUCUGCUGAGCUGACACACACACUCGCUUGGAAACAUUGGAAGCCGUACAUCCAGGCACAGGCUUAUCUAAACAAGCACACAGCAAACAAACACAUCUGUUACUCAUGCAGGAAAACACUCACGCACACAAACACACACACACGCACAUUGCGCCAUAAUGCCAUCUCCACUGUGAUAAACCAUUUUAGCUGUGAAGAUGAAAAGUUUGAUCUCAAAUUAACAAGUUUUGGCUAAAAUAAAUCUUGCCCCACAUGCCAUCUCAUUGCUGUACGUGUAUAUUGUUGCUUUGAAUACUGCCACUGAGCAUCCAGCAAUCGUUACCGUAUGUGAAGCAAUAGUAUCACUGUGGUAGCUAAUUCAGCCAGUAGCACAGAGCCAGACAUUCAGAACAGGAGCCCAAGAGAGUGAAAGUGUAUAAAUGAAAAAUAUACCAGCUUCAAGUUACCCAUAAUAUCAGGAAUUCAAAAUUUCGCCGUCUACAUUUGUGAAAAAGUUUCUAGAAGAUGUUUUUAAUGUGCAAUGUUUUAAAUGGUUCAUUUAAAGUUGUAUUGUUUUUCACGCAGUUUGAAGAUGUGUCAGGGGCCGAAUCCUCCGAAGGAUGCAGCCCUGUGAAGGUCAGGUUGAACCUGCUCCUCCCCGCCAAAUGAGAUGCCAGUCUAGGCUUACAGAGAUAAAAACUAAUGAUGCAUUCAGGCGCUCAUCGUCAACUCAGUCAUAGGAUUUUGCCAUCAAACAGCCAAUGAAGUUUCCAGUAAGAGCUGUGAUGUUAAACACCACGUGGCCCAGGUUGAAGGUAGAUAUAUACGUAUGACUUCCAUUUAUUUGUAAUGCCCUGUGAUCAACACGUCCAUGCUGCAAAUAGUGGAGUUCAUGCCUUCCAUUAUUUACAACCUCUUGUCGGUGUAGUCCAUGUGAAAUGAUUACCGGUGAUGAAGUACCUGGUCAAUGUGACGUGAUCGCGUGAAUUUACGAGUUUGACAACGAUUGCCUGAAUGCUUCAUUGAGCAGUCAAUCAGCGCACAAUGGAUUUAGGGAUCUUAAGGGGCCAGCUGUUAAAUAAAAAAGGAGUGGCAGUGUUUCUUGGCCUUUUGUGAAGGAGCCUUUGAAAUGUGACAGGCCUUGUUAGCUCAUUAUGAUGAAAUACAGAGUCUGGAUGGUCCGUCUUUAAAAAAUGCUGCGUUCAUGUCAUAAGGGAUGGAUCGUAGAGAUAGAAGAGAUUCCCAUGCUCACAACUUGUGUGUGUUAGUCCUGCAAGUCAGUGACUGGAUUAGUUGAAUAUUGAUUGAACAUUCACAAGGUGGAAGCUGAUAAUUA